UCAUGUGCGGAGCUGUAGAUUGUUUACGCCAGCAUCCCGUCCGCUAGCUGAUCCCACUCACUGCAACUGGACUGUCCUCUGAUUCCGAAGAUUUCAAAUAUCGUCUCCAUGUCCAGUUUUUUGAUUCGCUGAAUAGAUUUGUGAGGAUGACCAGCAAAAUGAAGUUUGUCAGGUCUCUGGCGAAGGCUGCUGCGCUGGCCAACGUGCCCAAACACAUCGAUCACUUCUCCAAGUUCUCCCCGUCUCCCCUGUCGAUGAAGCAGUUCUUGGAUUUCGGUUCCAUCAAUGCCUGUGAGCGCACGUCGUUUGUCUUCCUUCGUCAGGAGCUUCCUGUCCGUUUGUCCAACAUCAUGAAGGAAAUUAACCUGCUGCCAAACCGGCUUCUGGCCACGCCCUCCGUCCAACUGGUCCAGAGCUGGUACAUCCAGAGCCUAAUGGAGAUCCUGGACUUUCUGGACAAAAACCCAGAUGACCAGAGAGUCCUUGAGACGUUUGUGGAGGUCUUGGAGUCCAUUAGGAACCGGCACAAUGAGGUAGUCCCCACCAUGGCUCAGGGAGUGAUUGAGUACAAAGAUUCCUAUGGCCAGUAUGACUCUGUUACUGAUCACAACAUCCAGUACUUCCUGGACCGCUUCUACACCAGCCGCAUCUCCAUCCGCAUGCUCAUCAACCAGCACACCCUCGUCUUCAAUGGCAACAUAAACCCCUCUCACCCCUACACCAUUGGCUGUAUUCACUCCAUAUGUGAUGUGACAGAAGUUGCAAGAGAUGCCUAUGAGAGUGCUAAGAUGCUGUGUGAGCAGUAUUACCUGGGAGCACCAGAGCUGGAGCUGAGGGAAAUGAACGCCAACAACAUGAAAGAGCCCAUCCAGAUCUCAUACGUCCCAUCUCACCUAUAUCACAUGCUCUUUGAACUAUUCAAGAAUGCCAUGAGAGCAACCAUAGAGACCCACGAGGCCAGCAGGACCCUCCCACCCAUCAAAGUCAUGAUCGCCCUUGGUGGAGAGGACCUGUCAAUCAAGAUAAGCGAUAGAGGAGGUGGCGUUCCCUUCAGGAAGACGGAGCGUCUGUUCAGCUACAUGUACUCCACAGCUCCCAGACCCUCCUUUGGAGACAAACACAGAGCCCCAUUGGCAGGGUUUGGCUAUGGUCUGCCUAUCUCUCGUCUCUACGCUCGCUAUUUCCAAGGAGACUUGCAGCUUUACUCUAUGGAAGGCACUGGCACCGACGCUGUUAUACACCUGAAGGCGUUGUCUACAGACUCAGUGGAGAGGCUGCCAGUUUUUAACAAGACUGCUCUGCGACACUACAAGCUAUGUUUGGAGGCAGAUGAUUGGUGCGUUCCCUCCAAGGAGCCUCUGGAUUUGGCUGUCUACCGUGUUGCCAAGUGAUCCUGUCAUGACCUGAUAGAAUUUUCUGACAUGAACGCUUAAAAGCUGACCAUAAAAUGACACUUGAGGUCAGGGCAUUGUGGGACCAGAACUAUUCCUGUGGUGUGUGAGAGCCCAGGUGACCAAAAGUGGCCAAAGCGAUCCAAGAGAGGACAGAGCAACAUCCAGUUGUCAGUGAACUUCGUUAUUGGAGCGUGCUUCUUCUUCCUGUAUAUGGCCUCCUGCCAUCUGUGUGCUGUAAAUAUAGGAAGAGAAGAACAAGGUUGACAUUCUGGCAUUUUCUAACCAAUAUUGGGAAUAUGAUUAAGAAGCCAGCAAUCAAAAGUGGGUUCAUAAGAGCUGAACAAUCUGACACUGUCAGAUCUGUGUUUAAUUGAUAAAGAACUGACCUUUCUUCUAUGUCGCGGCUGAGCUAAGUUUAGCUUCAUGGACGAGCUGCUUUAUAACACUGAAUACUGGACAUCCAGAUUCAGAACCCAAACAGGGACAUGAUUAAAACAAAGCUGUGAUGUACUUCAUUGAUCAGCUGGGAGAUUUCUCUGCUAGCUGUCUGUAAUUUACACUCAGCUUGAACAACAUGAGCUUGUGAGUAGCUUCUUGACUGGAAGUUAGCCCUAAAAUAGAUUGCUGGUACAUAAAGAGUUUUCAUUCUCUUGGUGUUUCUAAAUAGCAAGAAGACAUAGUCUUGUCUAUCUUAUCUAACUGAUACAGGCCAGCUCAUCAAAUGUUAUCAGUGACAGUCGUCCACAUGCCAUGUGAGUCAACGGUUUGCAGAUUGAUUUGAUUCGGUCAAAAAUGUAAAUGCUUUGUUAAGAUCACACGUCUCAUGAUAAGAAUUUUUUUUCUUUCAAUUUGUGAUUCUUACUUGACUGUAACAGGUACAACUUUUGUAAAGGUUCCAACCAUUUGCCAACAUUUGGUUUGAAACUGUCACUUUUGUAAGAAAACUAUCAAAGAAAUAGAAGUUUGAUAGCAAAUGAGCUAGCACACAAAAACAUUCAGAUGACAGAAAGAGGUUGUGGAAGUUUUUUGUGGAGGGUUUUGUUUAGUCUUUAUUACUAUAAUUCCAACCAUAACCUCACACAGAAAAACACAUUUGACCCACAUGCUAGCUGUCUGUUUUACUUUUUCAACAUUUUCUCAGGGUACAGCUGACUUUUACUUUUCAACAUACCAGCAAGAGGUUUUCCUCAGAAACAAUAAGUGCUUGUAUGCAUUGACUGAGAUGUGCGUUUAUUCAUUUAGCCACAAGAAACUGAACAAUUACUUGUGUGCCUGACCUGCUGUUUGAGUGUAUCAAUCAGUGGGAAUACAAUGCAAACAUGUGUGACUUUGUGUUUAUCUUCUCUUCUAAACUCCUGUUUUGUGGCCUUGUGCUUAUUUAAGUUGCAGAACAAACAGAUGUUAAACUGCUCAGUUACUGAUGGCAAACAAGGAUUAAUCAUUAUUUGUUUAGAGCUUGGCAGCCACUAUGACAAUGAGAGUCAUGUAAGCUUGUCUUGUGUGUGUGUGGAUUGAGUGUGUGUGAAAAUAAUAACUGCCUCAUAUACAGUAUAUUGUGAUUCACUAUGUGUAUUUACGUCAUGUGACCAAAACAGUGUCAUUUGAAGUGCCUUUAUUCUCUUGUAUAAUUGAAGUGAACAGUUUUUAUCAAAAUAAUUUUAUUUUUUUAUAAGGAAACUUUUGGAAAUAAAUUGAAUCCUGAAAUGAA